ACCCGAAAGUCUGGUGGAACGCAUAUCGUACUGCCAGAAAGCCUGGUGGAACGCACAACCCGGAAGUGUUAGUAAAAUAUGUUCAGCCUGUAAGGUGAUCAGCAGCUUGCAUUGUUUUCCUCCUCUGGAGGCCAAGUGUAAGGAAUAGACACAGGGGAUAACGAUAGGACCUGGACUGUCCAACAAGAAUUGGAUCAUCUGAAGUCUGCUGAGAAGAUACCAGUCAUUAUACCUUACACAAGCUUUUCACCAUCGGCCAAUCUCCAUUCUGACUUUCUGUAAUCUGUGUUAUUGGUCAUCUGAGGAUGGACAAGAACAGGAAUGAGAUGACUGAGAGGAUAUUAAAUCUCACCCUAGAGAUCAUCUACCUGCUGACUGGGGAGGAUUGUAAAGUUAUGAAGAAGUCGGGUGAGCUAAUUACACGCACCAGCAAUGCAUACAUGUCCGAAAGUCCUACACAAGACCAAAACCACAUCAUGGAGAGAAAUGGUGACCAGACAAUUGGAGAACUGGCCAGGAUUGUCCAUCCACAGAAUGGAGAGGCUUCUACAGCACAUGAUGAUAUUGUUGUUUCAUUAUCUGUGGAAAAACUAAAUUGUUUGGAACCAUCCAAGGAACCUCAAAAGAAACAGAUGGUGGAAAAUUACCUGCCUUUCAGAUUGCUGGAUAUAUCCGAGUCCAGAAGCACAGAUGGAGGGUUUCAGACCCCGGUGUCAUCACAAGAUUGUGUAACUAAAGAUGAAAAUAGCAUUAAUCUCAAUGCAGAAUGUGCAUUUUCAACACCAUACAGCGUUGAGACAACCAGUUCUGUAAAACGUACUACAAUCGACUCAAUCUCUUAUCAUGAAGGAAACACACAUUGUAUUUCUACUCCUAUUAAAGAAGAGUCUGUCUGUUGCGCUGGAGGAAAUCUUAUGAGUGCCGAUAGUUAUACACCCAGAGAUCGUACACAAUAUACUUAUAUUAAGGAGGAAUCCGUCUCAUGUGGUGGAAGAAAUCUCCCUGACACUGACAUGUGUACACCCACAGGUCACACCCAGUAUACAUCUACUCAUAUUAAAGAGGAAUCAGUCUCAUGUGAUGGAGGAAACCUCACACACACUGACAUGUAUACACCUACAGGUCAUACACAGGAUACAUCUAUUUAUAGAAAAGAUGAAUCGGUAGAGGAAAAUUUAAUUGAUAGAUCAAUUUAUACAUCCACAAGUUAUAUAGAGGCAGAGUAUACAUCUCAUAUUAUGGAGAAACCAGGCUUGUACAAAGAAGGAAACUUUAUUGACCAUAACUUUCAUACACCGACAGACCAUACACAACAUUUGUCUAGCCACAUUAGAAAUCAAUCCAUCUUGUGUGAAGAGGGAAACCUGUAUUCACACACAGAACAGGCGGAGGCACAUUAUACACCGCCUCACAUUGAAAGGCACAUCGUAGGCCCCGCUAAUACACUGGUGACAAAUACAAGCUCGUUUUUACCACCCGCCGACUACGCCAAUCAUCUGAAUAACGUGUCGGACUCCCUCGAUCACCAGUCACACCUCAUGCAUCUUAACAUGCAGCAUAAAAUUCAGGAAGGACACAAGUCAACCUGUUUGGAAUGCGGAAAAUGUUUUAAACGGAAAGCGCAGCUCAAAGUACACCAGGUAAUUCACACCGGAGAGAAGCCGUUUUCCUGCGCCGAGUGCGGGAAGUGUUUUACCCGGAGAACGCAGCUUGUCGUGCAUCAAAAAAUUCACAGGGGAGAAAAGCCGUAUGCAUGUUCCCACUGCGACAAAUUCUUUACAAGCAACUCCAAUCUGGUUAUACACCUAAGGACGCACACAGGGGAGAAACCUUAUUCCUGCUCCUACUGCGGGAAAGGUUUUACCCGGAAAACGCAGCUCAAUAUUCAUCAUCGCAUUCACACGGGUGAGAAACCCUACACCUGCCUGGAAUGCGGAAAAUGCUUCACCCAGUAUGCCCAGCUGGCCACCCACCAAAUAAUCCACACCGGUGAAAAAUCAUUCGCUUGUUCCCAGUGCGGAAAACGUUUUACCACCAAUUCAAACCGCAUUCGGCACCAGCUGACCCACGCCCGGGGAAAGAGGUUUUCAUGUUCGGAGUGCGGAAAGUGUUUCGAAGAAAAAGACAGUCUGGAUGUCCAUUUGAGACUCCACGUGAUGGGGAAAAAUGACAGCGUUUUGAUAGCGUAGCGAGAAAACCAAAAAGUUUCUCUAUCAAGCUUGCCAGAACUGUGCAGAACAUCUGGUGCAUGGAAAAGUGACCUUUAUAGGAGCUGUUAAAAUGGUUUCAAUGUUCUACGAGAUCAUGCUAGCAUCAGGAAUAGGUUGAAGUGUUCACUCGUCAUGGAUAAAGCUGAUGCAAGCUACAUUCCCUGCCCCAGACAUGAUCCAACUCCAAACUGCCAUUUUUCAAACACAACCUGUAACAUGACAGUUGGGAGCUGAUUGGUUGGUACUUUAUCACUCUCCAUGGCUUAGUAGAUAGCCUCUUAAGAGAGAUAAUGUUAAUAUAGACAGAAAGGCAGUUGGGUUUGCAGUAAUUGGGAGGAGGACCACAAUGUGUAGAACACAGCUGUUCUAGUUGACAUCCGUGAAUACAUUCUAUGUAAGAUUUCGGCUCGGAAUCAAACUCUUGGCAUAAUAGAAAUGAUUGUAGUUGUGGUGUGCAGUUUGUAAUCUGGUUGUAAGUGGAAUAGUUGUCGAAUUGUGGGUUUUGUCUACAAAAAGCUUACUGACAUUGCUGGGUGACAGAUAGGCGAAAUGAGUGAAUGAGAGAAAUUCAUUUGAUCUACGCUACUAGCCAAAAGUUUUAGAACACCCCCAUUUUCCCUGGCUUUUAUUGAAAUUUAAGCCAAUGAAGACCAGACAAUAACCUGAAAUGCUACAAAGGUAAGCGUUAAACAGUUUGAGGUUAAAAAUGUACAUUUUAGACUGGCAAAAACUGAAUAAUAAUGUACAUUUCACAGUUUAAUCAAAGGCCUUUUCAAGGAACUAGUAACGGGUUAUGGGGGUAAUUCCAAGAUGAUCGCAGCAGGCAUUUUGUUAGCAGUUGGGCAAAGCCAUGUGCACUGCAGGGGAGGCAGAUAUAACGUGCAGAAAGAGUUAGAUUUGGGUGGGUUAUUUUGUUUCUGUGCAGGGUAAAUACUGGCUGCUUUAUUUUUACACUGCAAAUUAGAUUGCAGAUUGAACACACCACACCCAAAUCUAACUCUCUCUGCACAUGUUAAAUCUGCCUUCCCUGCAGUGCAUAUGGUUUUGUCCAACUGCUAUCAAAAAUCCUGCUGCGAUCAACUUGGAAUUACCCCCUAUGUACUUACAGCUGUACUGCAUCAAUGAUGAAGAGCCUGUCUGGGCCGGUGGCCUACUGAAGACUUGUAGAAGAUCUUGUGGACAGAUAAAUCAAAAUUUGAACUCUUUGGUUCAUCGUGCAGGGUUUUUGCAUGCCGCGGAGUAGUAGCUCCUUAGUUUGUGGAGUCAAAUUCUAAGUGUGUGAUCCAAAAAUUUAAAAGGACAAAGCUUUUAAUAGCAAAACACCCUGCUGCUUAGUAAAUAAACCACUGUGACACCAACUGUCAACUAUGGAGGAGGAAGCGUAGUGGGCUGGAGCUCUUUUGUUGGAUCCUCAGUCGGCGACUUGUCACCUCGAGCUGUAUGACUAUCCAUGCAGUACCACCUACUUGAUCAAGGGCUCAACCUACUGCAAGACAAUGAACCAAGCCUGACCACCUGUCAUUACUAUCUUUGAGAUAAAGAACCAGAUAGUAGGCUUCACAUCAUGGAGUGGCCAGCACAGUCUCCGGACUUACAGACCCCAUGUAGCUGGUUUGGAUUUAACUGGACUGAAUGGUGAAAGCAAAGUAGCCCUACAGGUGCAGCACAGGUUGGGAAGAGUUUACUGAAUAACGUGGUUUCCAGUGUAGAAAGAAUGACCCGGGUGUGUUCCCCCGAUUAUAUCUGUAAAAGGAGAGGAGUCAAAAAUUCUUAUUAAACUGUAUUCAUUAAAAUAA